AUGUUCCAGACAUUUAAAGAAUGGUUCUGGUUGGAAAGAUUCUGGCUUCCUCCAACAAUAAAAUGGUCAGAUCUUGAAGAUCAUGAUGGACUUGUCUUUGUAAAGCCUUCGCAUUUAUACAUAACAAUUCCAUAUGCUUUUCUCUUGCUGAUUAUCAGACAUUUAUUUGAAAAAUUUAUUGCUUUACCUCUAGCAAAAACAUUCGGCAUUAAAAGUACAGGGCAAAAGAUCAUACCAAAUACCGUCUUAGAGAAUUUUUUCAAACAUUCCACAAGGCGACCAUCUCAAACUGAUAUUUAUGGAUUGGCAAAGAAGUGUAACCUGACAGAGCGCCAGGUUGAAAGAUGGUUCAGGAGUCGGCAGAAUCAACAGAGGCCUUGCAGGCUAAAGAAAUUCCAGGAAGCUUGCUGGCGAUUUACAUUUUAUUUAAUGAUGACUGUUGCUGGAAUUGCAUUUCUUUAUGAUAAACCUUGGGUAUAUGACCUAUGGGAGGUUUGGAAUGGAUAUCCAAAACAGCCCCUGCUGCCAUCCCAGUACUGGUACUACAUCUUAGAAAUGAGUUUUUAUUGGUCUCUGUUGUUCAGUCUUGGCUCUGAUGCCAAGAGGAAGGAUUUUCUAGCUCAUGUCAUCCACCACCUGGCUGCUAUUAGUUUGAUGAGCUUCUCUUGGUGUGCUAAUUAUAUUCGCAGUGGGACCCUUGUGAUGGUUGUACACGAUGUGGCUGACAUUUGGCUGGAGUCUGCUAAGAUGUUUUCUUAUGCCGGAUGGAGGCAAACUUGCAACGCCCUGUUUUUCAUCUUCUCCGUCUUAUUUUUCAUCAGCCGCCUCAUUAUUUUUCCCUUCUGGAUUUUGUACUGCACGCUCAUCCUGCCUUUGCAUUACCUCGAGCCUUUCUUUUCAUACAUCUUCCUCAACCUGCAACUCAUGAUCUUACAGAUCCUUCAUCUUUACUGGGGUUAUUUCAUCGUGAAGAUGCUCAAAAGAUGUAUAUUCACACAGGAAAUCCAAGAUGUGAGAAGUGAUGGCGAGGAUGAGUAUGAAGAUGAUGAAGAAGAGGAAGAGGAAGAAGAGGCUACCAAAAGCAAAGAGACAGACUGUUUGAAGAACGGCUUGGGGGCUGACAGGCACCUCAUUCCCAAUGGUCAACAUGGUCGUUAG